GGCCAUGUUGUUUGUGUGACAGCGCUGUACAGCAACAGGUUGUCAAAUAUUCUCAGUUAAACACUGCUCAGAUUCCUUACAGAAACCCCGAAACCCGUUUACGGUUACUUUAUUUCAGACGACAAUGAAAAAGGAUAUUUUUUCUCUCCAGAAGAUUUCGCAAAGUCUAUAAUGCCACUGUUGUGUAAUAUGACUGGACUAGCCAGCUGAGGCGAGGAGAUCAGGACCGCUCUCCUCAUAUCCCUGCCACCUGCAGCCAUGAAUGGUGUUCGAAGUAUUUGGGCUAUAACUCCAGAGGAGAGGGACAAACAUGAUCAGAAGUUUGACACCCUCUCUCCAGUGCAGGGCUUUGUGACGGGUGAGAAGGCACGAAGCUUCUUCAUUCAGUCUGGGCUUCCUCAGCCUGUGCUAGCUGAGAUCUGGUCCCUGGCUGAUAUGAAUAAAGAUGGUAAGAUGGACCGGCUGGAGUUUUCUAUAGCCAUGAAGUUGAUCAAGAUGAAACUGCAGGGACAGAAUCUUCCAACAGCUCUGCCCAUCAUCAUGAAGCAACCCCCUGUGCCAGCUCCAGCCAUGCCAGUAACACCUCUUGGCAUGGGAACAAUGCCAAAUGUACCCAUGAUGCCCAACGUUCCUAUUCUGACGCCUAUACCAAUGACCUCCACCCUGACCACUAUGAGCCCCAUGCCAGUCAUGAGUCCUAUGAUGGGCAUAGGACUGUCCGUUCCGGUGAUGCCUACCAUCAGCACUCCAGCUCUGCCAAACGGGCCUAUCGCUAUUCUACAACCGACUCCCAUCCCUCUCAACUCAACUCUCCCUCUGUCAAGUUCAUUUUCUUCCCCUGCACUGGGCUUCUCGGCCCCUCCCAUCAUCACUACCCCAUCCCUGCUGGACCUGGGCUCGAGCAGUUCAAACUCCUCCCCCUCCAUAUCAUUGGCCAGCAACUCUCCUAAGGCCGGCCCCUCUGAUUGGGCCGUCCCACAGGCAUCACGGCUCAAGUACAGGCAGCUGUUCAAUGGCCUGGACAAGCAAAUGACCGGUUAUCUAACAGGCCCUCAAGUGAGAAAUGCAAUGGCUACAACACUGCUUACUCAGACCCAGCUGGCUACCAUAUGGAAUCUGGCUGAUGUUGAUAAGGACGGUAAACUGAAAGCUGACGAGUUAAUUUUGGCUAUGCAUCUGGUAGACAUGGCUAAAAUGGGACAGCCGUUGCCUUUGGCGCUCCCUUCAGAUUUGGUGCCACCAUCAUUAAGGGGGAAGGUUGGCGACUCUGUUAAUGGAACCACUCCCUCUAUAUACGCUGUUCUAGCUGAGGACCUCUAUGAGACUGAGCCUCCACAGAAAUCAAGGAACAAUUUGACCUUUGAGGAUAAGUUCAAGCAGAACCUGGAACUAGGAAAGGCAGAGCUGGAGAAGCGUCGACAGGCCCUGCUGGAGCAGCAGCGCCGGGAGGAGGAGAGGAGAGUGCAGAAGGCCAGAGAGGAGCUGGAGAGGAGAGAGAGGGAGGCGCGGGAGCUGGAGCUGAAGAGGAAGAGAGAGGAGGAGGAGAGGCUGGAGAGACAGAGAGAGCUGCAGAGACAACAAGAAGAGGAGAGACUCCGAGAUUUAGAGAGAAAAGAGGCAGCGAAAAAGGAGCUGGAGCGCCAGCGUCAGCUUGAGUGGGAGCGGAGGAGAAAACAGGAGCUCCAGAACCAGAAGAGUGAGGAGCAGGAGGAGAUCAUCAAGCUCAGGGCCAAAAAGAGGAGUCUGGAGAUGGAGCUGGAAGCUGUGGGCAACAAGCAGAGACAGAUCUCUGACAAGCUCCGAGAUGCUCAAGGCAAAAAGAGAAUCCAAAAAAAUGAGCUGGACAUGAUCAACCAGAACAGAGACUCUUGCAUAACGGACAUCAGCUCCCUACAGAUGCAGUUGGAGGAAUUCAAGAGAAAGUUGGGACUGUCGACCAGCGAGCAGCAGAAACUAAGCGAAAGACUCCGCAAUCUGAGUCUAAACAACCUCCCUACUGUGACUGUAAACACUUUUAAGAGGAAUGUGGAAGAGAAAGAUCUUACUUGUCGAAAGCUUAAAGAACAGUUUACUGUGUUGGAGACGGAAACCGCAGCCAAAUUAGCAGACAUGGAUCAGUAUAAGAAAGAAAUCCAGGAUCUCAGAGAGAGUCAGAGGAUGCAACAGUCUGCUUUGGAAAAACUGCGUGCCAUCAAGGAAGACAAAAUCAGAGAGCUGAAGAAACGCAAGCAGGAGGAACUGGAAAAGAGAAGGAAAGAGGAGGAGGAGCAGAAGCGUAUCAAACUAGAGAAGGAGCGACAAUGGCAGGAGAAACUGCAGCGUGAUGAAGAAGAGAGACAGAGAAAACUACAGGAGGAGAGAGAGGCCAAACUUCGUGAGGAGGAGGAACGGGAAAGACAGGCUCGUUUACAGGCUGCAAAAGAACAGGCAGAGCGGGAACGUAAAGCCAGAGAAGAGGAGGAGAGGAGACGCAGAGAGGAGGACGAAAGAAGAGAACAAGAGAGGAAAAGAUUUGAUGAGAAAAGGAGGCAGGAGGAGGAGGAAGAGCGCAGGCGAAGAGAUGAAGAGAGAAGGAAAUUGGAGGAGGAGAGGAGAAAACUAGAGGAGGAAAGGAGGAAAUUGGAGGAGGAGAGAAAACGGCAGGAGGCGAUGAGAUUAGAGGAGGAGCGAAAACGAGAGGAGGAGUGGAGGAGAAAAGAGGAAGAGAGACGGGAGGAGGAAAGAAGAAGGGAGCGGGAGGAGGAGGAGAGGAGGCGACAGCGUGCACAAGUGGCAGCCAUGAGAGACGCAGAGGAAAGAAAGAAACUAGAAGAAGAGAGGAGGAGAAAGGAGGAGGAGAAGAAGAGAAGGCAGGAGGAGGAGAAGAAGAGAAGGCAGGAAGAGGAGGAUAGGAGGCGUCGGGAGGAGGAACAAAGGAAACAGGAUGAGGAGAGGAAGAGGAAACAGCAGGAGGAAGAAGCAGCAGCCUCACAGCUGAGAGACGAUCAACAGAACAAGAAGAACACUGUUAAAACGGAUAUUGUUGCCGCUCUUUUGCGCGGCCUGGCGGAGAGGAAAGGCACCAGACAGCCGCUUGGAACACAGCACAGAAGAUCAGCUGCACUGACUACAUUUAAAGCUCUGUACCCCUUCACAGCCAGAAAUGAUGAAGAGCUCUCCUUUGAAACUGAUGACCUGAUUGAGGUGGAUGAGAGCGUAGAGAGAGAGCAGGGCUGGCUGUACGGCAGUCGCCAGGGGAAGAUGGGCUGGUUCCCUGAGAGCUACGUGGAGAGGCAGACCAAAUCUGAGGCUCCGCCCACAGCCAAACAAGCCCUGAAGCCACAGGUCUCCAUCUCCACCAGUAGUUCUACAGAUGCAACUGAUACUACAGAUGGAUCCACCUAUGAAGAGUAUGUGGCACUGUAUACGUAUGAGAGUCCUGAGCCUAGUGAUCUGACCUUCUCUGAGGGAGACACCAUCCUGGUGGCGGAGAGAGAGGGCGAGUGGUGGAAAGGGAGCAUAGGAGACCGAUCGGGUGUCUUCCCCUCCAAUUACGUCAAGCCAAAGGAGACUGAUACUUCAAGUCUCUCUGGUAAACCUGGAGCACUUGGGAAGAAGCCAGAAGUGGCCCAGGUGAACACUGCAUAUUCAGCUGCAGGUGCAGAGCAGUUAAAUCUGGGCCCUGGUCAGCUCAUCCUCAUCCUCAACAAGAACCCCUCCGGUUGGUGGCUCGGGGAACUGCAGGCCAGGGGAAAGAAGCGUCAGAAGGGCUGGUUCCCUGCCUCACAUGUCAAACUCCUGGGGUCAAACAGCGGCAAAUCCACACCUGCACCUGCAGCUGUCUGCCAAGUUAUCUCCAUAUACGACUACACAGCAGCCAACGAGGAUGAGCUCAGCUUCUCCCAGAACCAGAUCAUCAACGUGUUGGACAAAAGUAAUCCUGAUUGGUGGAAAGGAGAACUCAAUGGGGUAACAGGCUUGAUCCCUACCAACUAUGUGAAAAUGACCACUUCAGAUUCUGACCCCAGUCAGCAGUGGUCCCAGGAGAGGAAGCGACAAGGCUACAUCGAUGAGCUCAUUGAGACGGAAGAGAAAUAUAUAGAAGACCUACAGCUGGUCCUGGAGGUCUUUCACAAGCCCAUGUCUGAGUCAGGUCGUCUGACGGAGGCUGAAAUGAACAUGAUUUUUGUCAACUGGAGAGAACUUAUACAGUGCAACAGCAAGAUGCUCAAGGUUCUAAAGACGAGGAAGAAACCAGGAGGAGAGCCUGUUCACAUGAUCGGAGAUGUCCUGGCGUCUGAGCUCUCUCACAUGCAGGCCUACAUCCGCUUCUGCAGCUGCCAGCUGAACGCUGCUGCUCUGCUACAACAGAGAACUGAUCAGGAACCUGACUUCAAAACCUUUAUGAAGAAAAUCGCCACAGACUACCGGUGUAAAGGAAUGCCAUUGUCCAGCUUUUUACUAAAACCUAUGCAAAGGAUUACCAGAUACCCCCUCCAUAUUAAAAAUAUCCUUGAAAGUACUCCAGAGGGUCACGUGGACCAUGUUCAGCUGCAAGAGGCUUUGGAGAAGGCAGAGCUGCUGUGCUUUCAGGUGAAUGAAGGCGUCCGAGAGAAGGAGAACUCGGACAGAUUGGAGUGGAUUCAGUCUCACUUGCAGUGUGAGGGAAUCACAGAUAAUCUGACCUUCAACUCGCUGACCAACUGCAUGGGUCCUCGGAAACUCCUGCACAGUGGAAAGCUGUUUAAGACCAAGAGCAAUAAAGAGUUAUACGCCUUCCUGUUCAGCGACUUUCUGCUGUUUACUCAAGCUGUCAGGCAGUUCACUUCUACAGGAACAGACAGGCUGUUCAGCCCCAAGUCCAACACGCAAUACAAGAUGUAUAAGACGCCUGUGUUCCUCAAUGAAGUUCUAGUGAAACAUCCGUCAGAUCCGUCCAGCGAUGAGCCCGUUUUCCACAUCUCCCACAUUGACCGUGUGUACACCCUCAAGACCGAAAACAUUAACGAAAGAACUGCAUGGGUUCAGAAGAUCAAAGCUGCAUCAGAGGAAUUUAUUGAGACGGAGAAGAAGAAGCGGGAAAAGACCUUUCAAUCUCGCUCAAUGAAAGCAAACGGAAUCGGACGACUGCUUGUCACCGUCUUGGAGGCGAUGGAGCUCAAAUCGUUUAAAGGAAAUGGAAAGAGUAAUCCAUUCUGUGAGGUGACCAUGCGCUCUCAGUGUUACACUUCCAGGGCCAUCAAUGACACAGUCAACCCCAAAUGGAACUUCAACUGUCAGUUUCACAUUAAAGAUGUGUAUCAAGAUGUCCUCUGCAUUACGAUUUUCGAGAGGGAGCAGUUUUCACCAGAUGAGUUCUUAGGACGCACUGAGGUUCCCGUGGCCACUAUUAAGAAAGAGUUGGAGAAUAAAAGUCCAUCCACCAGGAGGCUGCUGCUUCAUGAAGUUCCCACAGGGGAAGUGUGGGUUCGCCUUGACCUACAGCUGUUUUGACAUCUUCCUUUUAUAACUGCACCUCAACCCAUGAGAUCUACACUUGCUCUUGGCUUAACGCUCUCAACUACUGUGGAAAGCACUACUGAAUGUGUGAGGCUUGGAAAGACGAGAUAGCGUUCACAACUUUGCCAAGUUUUUCGUGUUUUGAUGAAGUGACAAGGGAAGGAAAAGGGAAUUUUGGGGGAAAUUCCUGAGGGUUUUAUUGCCUGAUUAACCACUGGAUGUAAAGAUAUCUCAGGAACACUGUCAUUUAAAUUGACUGGGUAUUGCUGUACUGAAAUCUAUAUUUCUAAAAUCGUAACUUGCCUUGAUUUGAAGUGGCUUUUUAAACUUUAAUAAUCUCACCAGGAACACUGAAACGUUGGAGACUUUUGUCCUAUCUGCCUUAUUUGCCAAUUCUUCACCAUUACCGAAUUAAUUUGCACCAGUCGUUUUAUCCUCAUUCAAAAUCUUUCUGAAGCUCGUAUAGUCUGACAUGCAAGGAACUUAUUUUCUGCUGAGCUUGCUGUUGGUUUUAUUCAUAAAGGUACAAAUGAGGUGAUUAACAAGGGGUGAUUUGUUAGGUCUAAUCACUGUUGAUUUUGUGUACUUGACUGAGUUUUAUUUAUGUUAAUUUAUGCGCCGUGGACUAUCUGCACAUUUUACGCUGCCCAAUAUUUCUGGAUUGCCAUGGAGCAUUCGGAGAAGGUCUUAUUAUUGUAAAUUGUAUUAUUGAGCUGUAACAGUAUGGACGUUUACUCAGGAGACUGAGUGUCUUUAGGUUUUUGUUAGUUUUAGUUUGAAAUAUAAAUGUAAUAAAGUUUGUUGAAUGUUCUGUAUUUUUUCCAGUUUUCGCAUUUCUGUAAUUGUUUAUUUGUGUAGCAAUAACUUGGCAAUAUUUGUGAUAAUGUAUAAGAAACGCCUUCACGUGCGCAAAAAUAAUUAAAAUGCAAAUAAAAUAUGAACUGU